CAGAGAAGAGAUGGAAGCAUUAGGGCUACUUGAUGAUACAAUAUCAGGUCGUGCGACUGCAAAGAAAAUGGUUUUUGAACCGAUAGAGAUUUUAGAAGUGAGUGCAAUAGCGGAGGUGAAGAAAAUGGUUGAGGAUUGCAUGCAGCCACUACCUAUGCCGGACUCCGGAUUAAAUCUGCCACUCAAAGAAGAAUCUGAGAAGUUCGAGGCUAAACAAAUCAAAGAUGCCAUCGACAACCACCUUUCUCCUGAAACAAAAAAAGAAUUGAGGACCAAGAGAACUGCUACAAGGACACAUUUUAUGACUAGAAAGAAGUUGGCUGCUGAAAGUCCGAAGGCUGCAUGCCACUUGCCUCCACUUGCACCCAAAAAGGAUAAUGGAAAGAAAACUUCAGACAAAAUGCAGCUCCCCCAAGAAGUAAAGGGUUCAAACGAACUCAAACAAAACAGCAAAAGCCCACAGAGCAAUGAAAAUCAAAAAGAUGAAGCAUCUGCAACAUCAUCAACAGCAGCAAGGAUAAAUGUUUACACCAGGAAGCCAAGGAAAAUUUCAACUGAAAUGGAAAAGCUAGUAGAAGCCUCUGCAAACGAUCGAACACUUGGCGUGCACUGA